ACAGCACAAGCACAACGCAGCCAAGUUUGCGAAGGAAGGUGGCUAAAAUAUCAACGUUUCUGAAGCAGACAUUAGAGCUGGUCAACGGUGAGCGAUGGAGGGAUGUGUGGUCCGUCUCCACAAUGUUUGUUUUAAUGGUGAUUUAAGCGCUCAUCCCAUCAUAAUCAACUUCUACCAACUCUUCCAAACCAGAGAUGCUCCUGCAAUUCUGCCUAUGAUAAGGAACGAGGAUGUUCUUCGGGCUGUGGUGGCUCUGUUGGACACAUCCUUGCCUGAUGUCGGCCCCAGAGACGUCCACAAAACUGUGCACUACCCAGGGAUACGUACUAUUAUUUUAUCACAGGACCAUGUAGAUGUUUUAGAGGACUAUAGGGACAGGGCUUCCAGAAACAAGGGGACACAUUUGAGCCCAGUAUCCUGUAAAACAACAGACAGAGCUGAAUCCGAACACAAGCUGCUCGCUGAGCUAUACAGCGACUCUGAAGAGGGUUCAGAGGAAACCUCAGAGGAGACGUUAGAAGAAGAGACAAGUGACAGAUGGUCUUGGGAGCGAUUCUGUGAAGGCCUACAGGAGUUUGUGGACGGAGCGAGGGAAAGGAAAGAAAGAAGAGCAGUACAAGGAAAAGACGGAAAGAUCCCGCCAUCCGCCGUAGGAGUUGAAUCUCUGAUCGUGGCUGCUGCAUGCUAUGAAGUCAAGCUACUAUCUACAGGAGACACUGUGCUUCAGCUUUCUCUUUUGGCUGUUAGGAAACGCUACCGGCACCUUGGGAUUGGCAGCUACAUCAUAGAGCUUCUGAAGACUCAGUCUAUAGUAGGGCAAUAUGAAGCACUUGUUGCUCACGUUGACAUGGGUGCAAUUGGUUUCUUCAAACGUCACGAGCUCACAGACGACCUCCUCCUUAAUGACAAAUUCAAAGAGCUGAGCGAUGACUGGACCAACAGUAUUCUUAUGAGCUACCUGCCACCCUUUACUACAGACCUAGAGAUGAGAAAUCCUGUUUUCUCCCUGAGUUUACGAGAGUUGGAGAUGGACAUGAAUAUGGCAAGGUCACAGGCUCUCUGUGCAUAUCAGCAACAGGUGGUGUGUGUCACCAGGCUACUCAAAGAGGUCAAGACCUUACACUGUAAAAAGUGCUACACCCACAAAAGUCGGGCUGAAAAAGAGGUGCACGCUGAGCUUGGCAGUUGCCCACUGAAAAUUUACAUGUUUCAUCACCCCGAAACGAUUGGGAUUAUCAUAUAA